AUGACUAGCGCUGGCACGAAGGGGUCGUGGCUCUCGCAGCCGAUGGUGAAGAGCGUGCUGGUGUAUCGCAACGGGGACCCGUUCUUCCCGGGGCGCCGUAUUGUCGUCAAUGAGAAGAAAGUGUCCAACUUCGAAGUGUUUCUGAAAGAGGUGACAGGCGGGGUGAAGGCACCCUUUGGAGCUGUGCGUAACAUCUAUACCCCCCGGGGUGGGCAUCGUGUCCGGCAGCUGGAGGAGCUUCAGAGUGGAGAGCAGUAUGUGGCUGGUGGCAGGGAAGCCUUCAAGAAACUCAACUAUUUGGACAUUGGAGAAACAAAGAAAAAAACUGCCGAAGUCAAUAACGAGGUCAAGCCGGUUACUCACAGUAGAAUCACUGUGUCAGCACGGUUUCGAAAACCGCUCCAGGAGCCCUACACUAUUUUCCUGAUUGCUAACGGAGACCUUAUUAGCCCUGUAGUGCGCCUCCUCAUUCCCAGGAGAACACUGAAUCACUGGGAUCAGAUUCUCGAAAUGGUUACAGGAAAAGUUACCCUCAGAAGUGGAGCUGUUCACAGACUUUACACUUUAGAUGGAAAACUUGUUCAGAAUGGGUCAGACUUGGAGAAUGGGCAAAUUUAUGUUGCAGUGGGUAGAGAAAAGUUUAAGAAGUUGCCGUACGGUGAUCUGCUGUUUAGCAAAUCUACAAUGAGAAGACCACAGGGUUCCAAAACCUUUGUACUACCUCCGAUUGUGGGAUCUAGAAAGUCUAAAGGCAGUGGAAACGACCGGCAAUCUAAAUCUACUGUUGGAUCCAGUGACCCAGGAGAAAACAGUUCCUCACCUCACCUUCCCAAAAGGAAAGACAAAAAAAGCCAGAAUCCUGAGGAUUCUGUGUCCAAACGACACUUUUCUUACAACUCUACAAAAGUAAAACAGACAGUAGGAGUAACAGCUUCCACGGGAGUCCUUCAAGGUAAUGGUGAAGAUAUUUACAAAGCCAGAGAACAGGGGUCUGAAAUGUGGGGGGCAGCUGAAGUGCAGGAAGAUGAAGAUACUUGUGUAGAAGUUCCGCUGGACCAGAGGCCAGCAGAAACUGUAGAUGAAGAAGAAAAUGCAGAAGAGGAAAAUGACAUGGGAGAGGAAGCAUAUAAAGGAGAGGAAGAGUAUCCAGAAGUGAAUGGAGAGGAAAAUGGGGAAACCGUUAAAGAAAGAAGUGAAGUGGAAGAAAACAAGAAGAAAUUAAAUGAGAAUUAUGAAGAUGAAGCAGAAGAAACGGAGAAUGUUGACCAAGCAGAAGAGGAACUUACCCACUUAAAUGGCAAGAAAAAUGAAGAAAAUGGUGAGGGAAUGGAGCACUUGAACUACCAAGGUGAUCUUCAGCCUGAAGAAGAAAUGAAAGAAAAGGAUUCUGACAAUCAGAACCAUGUUGAUUCCCAUCUUGAAAAAACAUCCACAAAUCCAAGGGUGACAAUCACCAGCCCACAAGAAAGCGAAAAAAAAAAUGACCAGAGCAAUGACUAUGCUGCAGUGGCAUAG